AUGAAAUAUCUACUCAGCGCUGCCGUUCUCGCUUUUUCGGCUAUUGUGGGCUCUCUUGCAGCCGUUCCACCCCCUCCACUUGCCUGCAACAUGCUUACUCCCGUCAAAGGCGACGUAUGGGAAAUGGGAAAACUACAGACUGUAACCUGGGGUUGCAAGACUGCUGGCCCAUUAGAGACCCAGCCCAAUAAAUUUCUUAUGCAUAUUGAGCUUGGCACUGGAACGCCAACUAAUUUUGUCUACGUAGACACAUUCGACGACGCGGCUGAACUCAAAUUGGCCAAAUUCACUUGGCUCCUCCUUACCAAAUAUACUCCCGGAGAAAAUUAUAUCGUCCGUCUGCGUUCUAGGACAAAGGGCGAUCCUAACCCGGUAACUGCCGACGAGGCCAAUAAAUUACCGUGGUCAUACUCUCCAAAUAUCAAGCUCGUCGGUGCUGGUGGAGCAGCAAGCACUACAACUGGAAACACUGCAACAAAUAAUACUACUAGUGGCUCGACUAGCGGUAGUUCGACUAGCGGUAGUUCGACUGGUGGUAGCUCUACUGGUGGUAGCUCUACUGGUGGUAGCUCUACUGGUGGCAGCUCUACUGGUGGUAGCUCUACUGGUGGCUCCGCGAAUAAUUCUACAAAGAGCUCUACAGCAAACGGGAAAAGUGCUGCCGGUAUUGUGAGUGUUAACGUUGGCGUAUUCUUUACUACGGUCAUGGCAACUUUAGUGGCUGCGGCGUUCUUGUAA